AUGACCGUGCCACCGUACCAAAUUCAAGAGCUCAUCACCAAUGUGUUCAGUCAACUAUCAGACUCUGUUUUACAAGGUAUCCAGAUACGAUGUGGGCAAGCUCUAGGAACAGAACUUUAUAUCGGAUGCUCAAAUGGGGAGCUUAUGCGCUUUUCUCUUCAAGGAGGAGAUUCCAACAAGGCUGAAUCAUAUACCAUUUUAUCGCGUCAGAGCGUGCCAAACGACAAAGCAGUGGAAGACAUAGUUCUUUUACCCAGUAUCUCGCGUGCCCUCGUCUUUUCAGAUAACCAGAUCCACUUCUACACACUACCAUCUCUAGAUGUCGUGUCUUACCAACUCAUCAAACCCAUUCGACAUGUCAUUGCUUUUGCAGUGGACCAACUCCAUCUCUUGAAACCCAUGCCACCAACCUCUGGACCUCAUCGUCUCGAACCUGUUGACUUCUGCGUGAUCAAAAGAAGUUCUCUUGCAAUGUACUCGUUAGGGCAACGCUUGUUCUACCAAAAGGAAAUUCCUCUCCCACAAGGUGGAACUCUUGCACGUCGCAUUGGCUCCUCCCUAUGUAUCGCAGACAAAAUCAACUACAAUAUGCUCAACUUAGAAACCGCUGAGAUAUUACCUAUCCUUCCGCUAAAUCAAGACUUCGAUGCUCCCAACUUACCUGUGGAACCAUUCAUCAUCCCUACCGGAGAAGGUGACUUUCUCGUCGUUUCUUGGACUGGCCAAAGUUCAAUGGGCAUAUUCCUUACCGGCUCUGGUGAUCCGGUUCGUGGGACGUUGACAUGGACCCAACAUCCUACCUCUAUAUGUUUGGAUUUACCUCAUGCCACUGCUAUUCUCCCUGAUGGCACCAUCGAAAUCCACAACAUUGACUCGCAGAAUCUUGUUCAAGUGAUUCCUCCUCCCCCCAAUGACGGUCCAGUGGAUCGAACGCGUCUGGUGUCAUCUCUUUUAGGAUAUAUCGUUCCCUCUGAUCAAUAUUUGACCAAAAUGAGCAAAGUUCCAGUGAAAUUGGACCGACGACCUGCAUCGGAAUUGGAAUCCUGA